AUUAAUUUCAUAUCAAAGGCCGUGGAGUCUGGGUACGAAAGCUGUGGACGAAAUAUGCUGGUAGAACGCUUGGAUUGACCUAUCCUAGACAUGAUUUUGCUGAGCAGAAGAGCCGUUGAUAUAUUUAUAUCAUUAACCUUGGCCGCUAUUGUUCUUAUCGCCUGGGGCUUUGUGAUCUAUGCUGGGCGUAUUACCGCAGUCAAGACCUAUCCUGAGUUGGCUGAAAACGUCUGAUUCUAGAGGCUGAGCAUCUGAUACUCUAGUCUCCGACCUCAAGAAAGAUGGAGACUCCUCCAAGAAAAUGCCAGGUGGUGAUGAGGAAGAUCAACCUUGGUGAGAAAGCAACCAUGCACAGGUGUGUCGUUCCCAUCAAGAGACUCCAAAUCAGCAACAGGACGUCACUGAAAUCACAGCGAGGAAGCAACAAGCUGUCCCACGUCCAACUCCAGAAGCUACAGGUUCUCCUGCAGAAGUUGAAGCUGAGCAAGGACAGACUUGACAAACCGGUUGUUGUCCAGGGUGACAAAGGACAUAGGGAAGACAUAGUGGAGAAAACUCUUUUGACAGUACAGCUUCGGAAACUUAGAGUGCUUCUCAACAAGCUGAAACCGAAUGAUCGAUGUGACAUCACGGUAACGCAAGACACCAAAGAGAAUGAAGAGAAACCUGUGAAGAGUAGUCUUUCCAAUGUUCAGCUCCUCAAAUUCAAGGUGUUGCUAAGCAAGGUGAAGCUGAACAAAGAUGGCUCGAUCAUGGCUCAUGACAAGAAGAACAGAGACAACAUGGAACGAACUCUGUCCAAUGUCCAACUUCAUAAACUGAAAAUACUUCUCAGCAAGCUAAAACUAAGCAACGACAUACAGGAUUCAUCCAUCAUCGUCGAUAAAGAAUGUGGAAUUGUGACAUGCCAGCAUUCCUUUUCUGCGAUGAACAAAAAGCGUUUCCGAGUUCUUCUAAGGAGACUCAAGCUCAACAACAUUCUGAAGGGCCAUGACCACACUCUUUUCAUCGAUAAGGAACUGGGCUUUGUAACGAAUCCUUACCUUCUCCCAAGCUAUUGUCGAGGUCAUGUCUGUAAACCCCAUCAUAGCGUGCUCAAGUUCCGAAGAAGCCGCGCCAGGCAGUGCCGUGUACGCAUCAAGAAGAUAAACCUGUAACCACUAUCUCUUCUUACGACUCAGAGAUCGUUCUCCAUAUACAUUUUUUUAUCUUUUCAGAAUCAGAUCUUAUUUUAUUUUCCAAGGUUUUCAGAGCUUUUUCUGAAAGAAAUAGAGGAAGGUUACGCAGAUAUAGAACAUUGCUAUAUUUGUCUCAAUGAAAUACCUGCCUGCCUAGUGGUAGACAAUGACUCAAAACCAAUAUAAAUCAUUAGCCGAAUGAUCAUUGAUCAAUCAAUCCUAUCGAUAAGUCUUUGCUUAACCCUUAUUUUAAUUUUGGUGUGAAUUUAUUUUGGAAUAUCAAUAUCUCUUAGACAGGUACUAUGAAAGGUAAUUUUUGUUUCUUUCUUUUAUGAAGUACCGGUAGUUGGGCUAACUUUGAAUAAUAAUUACUUUUUAAGCAAGUCUUAAAGGUACUAUGUCCCAUUUGCAGGCCAACAAAAUUAAAAGGUUAAAUUCCAACGGCAUUUGAAAGAUAA